AUGGAACACCACCAACACAGUCAGUCGCCAUCGCAGAAGACGGCCUGGCCGAGAUGGGAGCGCAAGGGCAAGGAGAAAAGCACCAUCGCCUGCGCAUGUACUUGGGUCGUGGAUCACCAGAUCAGCAUAUCCGUCAACCUCAUAUCCAUGCUCUUCUUUGUACACAUCCUCUUUCCCUCAGCAAAACAUCAUACCCAGAAGUUCUUCCGCAUCUCCUAUCACAACCCGGCGACCGGAAAUUUUGCCCUGGGUUGGGACGACAUAUUCUUUGUCUUUUACUGGAUCAUUGUCUUCACUGGCCUGCGCUGUGCUGUCAUGGACUAUCUCCUCAGCCCUUUGGCUGCGUCUCUCGGUAUUCGGAAACGGAAGCCAAAGGUACGAUUCGCGGAACAGGCCUGGAUUCUCUGCUACUACACUGUCUCAUGGUGUACGGGCAUGUACAUCAUGUACAACUCCGACUAUUGGCUCGAUCUCCGCGCUCUUUGGAGGACGUGGCCUGACCGCGAAAUGAAGGGCAUGGAGAAGUGGUACUAUCUGGUCCAAUUCGGCUUUUGGCUGCAACAGAUAGUGGUGGUGAACAUUGAGGAGCGUCGGAAGGACCACUGGCAGAUGUUCAGCCAUCAUAUUGUGACCUGCUCACUAAUAUUCACGUCCUACGGUUAUCACCAAUAUCGUGUCGGAACCCUGUUUCUCUGUCUCAUGGACUUCGCGGAUAUUGUCCUCCCACUGGCCAAGAUUCUCAAAUAUCUCCAUUUCGAGCUUGCGUGUGACAUUGCCUUUGGUUUUUUCAUGGUUUCCUGGCUGAUUGCCAGGCAUGUUCUAUACAUGACUGUCUGGUACAGCAUCUACGCUCACAUCCCGGAGGAAAUUCAAUACGGAUGUUAUAGGGGAAGCGUACAGGAUCUUGAGGGUCCGAUCCCUGCACCCAACGACUGGGACCAUCUCAUCCAACCAUUCAAGAAUCCCGUUGGACUCGUCUGCUGGAACAACAGCAUCAAGUGGACGUUCUUGUCCAUGCUUUUUGCUCUCCAGGUGAUAUUGCUCAUUUGGUUCGGCAUGAUCGUUCGGGUUGCCUAUAAGGUGAUCACUGGUAGAGGGGCAGAAGAUGUGCGUUCGGACGACGAAGACGAGGAUGAGGACGAGGAAGUGUCGGAUGAGAAGUCGCCGAGGGACUAUAUCGACAAAAUGAAGCUUUGCGUGGAUCCCCAGGAACAAUAUCUGGAAACAGAGAUCCUCAGCACGGAUCCCAACUUUUCUCUUUCGAAGCCUUCCAGACAACGGACAAAAUCACGAUCAAAGUCCAAAUCCACGUCGCCUGCGUCGUCGGCGGGUGGCAGACGUUCGACGCCGGAGACGUCCAGUGCGGGUUCCAGCAGUGGUGGAAGGAGGAAGCAGAAGCAUGAAGCUGCACAUUCCUCCAGCGUCAACUUGCUUGGGGCAAGCAGUGAUCGAAAGGAAUUGCUCGGCCGCAUUGGCUGUGAUAAAGGCUCUGCCUCGGAGUGA